UUCAUAACCACCGCUUCGACCCUAUUUCAAUGUUCCUUUUGAUUUUUCCUAAUACAAUAUGUGUGCUGAAUUAGUUGAUGGGGCGUAUUUUAGCACAAACACAAUAGUGUCUGCUGGUCUGCUGCCUGUGUCCUACUGUGUGAGUCUGUGAUACUUCAGCUUCAGCCUGUACAGAGUUCAAUUGACGAGUUAUAAAAGUACAUCCUUCAAAACUUGCUUUUAAAGCUGUGCUUAUGGGGUGAAAUGCCAAGCAUUAAACUCAAGCAUUGAAAAAAACCAAGUGACGCAUACAGGCCUCUGUUUUUUACUUGUUCCAAGCAACUUGACUACAAUGAUACUCAGUCAUACUUACAUCUGUGUAUAAAUAUUUGACAUGGGAUCUGUCAAUGAAGCACAGCAGGUGGGCUCAACUGACCCGCCAAAAGAUGGGCAUCCGUUUAUUCCCAGUCCAGAGACCGACGGACCCCGCUUUACCCGUUCUAUCUGCAGUAACAGAAACACAGAGUUUUCAGACUUAGAUCCCCUAGUGCCCAAUGCGUGUUACGGGACAUCAUCAACCUCUGGAUCCCUGAUACAAGAUGAACAAGUGGAGACCUGUCAGGAAAUGCCAAGCGAAUCGGUCCGGGUGAUGGUGCUACAGAUUUUGUUUCCGUUCCUCCUCGCGGGCUUUGGAACAGUGAUGGCGGGCACGUUACUGGAACUCGUGCAGCAUUGGGAUAUUUUUCUUAACGUGAUGGAGAUCUUCAUUCUGGUCCCACCUCUGCUUGGUCUUAAGGGGAACCUGGAGAUGACUCUGGCGUCAAGACUGUCCACUGCGGUGAAUGUUGGCAGAAUGACAUCUUCAAGUGAGAAGUGGAACCUCAUCGUUGGAAAUCUUGCCCUGAAGCAGCUUCAAGCCACUGUUCUGGGCUUCUUAGCUGCUCUGAUAGCUUCGGGUCUUGGAUGGAUCCUUCAAGAGGAGCUUCUCAUGAAAAACGUAGCAUUGCUUUGCUGUUGCAGUGUAGUGACUGCAUUCAUGGCUUCAUUUUUGCAAGGGAUCAUGAUGGUUGGGGUUAUUUUUGGCUCAAAAAAGGUGGGCAUCAACCCAGACAAUAUAGCCACGCCCCUUGCAGCCAGUUUUGGAGACCUUAUCACAUUGGGACUUCUUGCCAUCAUCGGUCAAGGCUUUUAUUACUGCAUGGACCCUUAUCCAUACAUUUCCUACUUGGUGUGUGUCAUAUUCUUGUGUCUGAUGCCAGUGUGGGUGAUUAUUUCAUUUCGUCACCCUGAGAGUCGUAAACUGCUACUUACUGGCUGGGAGCCAAUCAUAACAGCUCUUGUGAUCAGCAGUCUUGGUGGACUAAUUCUGGACAAAACCAUCGCCGAUCCAAACCUUGGGCGUAUUGUGGUUUACACACCUGUUAUAAAUGGUGUUGGUGGUAAUCUGGUUUCCAUCCAGGCUAGUCGAAUAGCUACAUAUCUGCAUUUUCAAUGUACUCUGGGUGAGCCACCAGAGGAUUCAAAAGGAUGUUACUGGCCCAGUCGCAGCUUUUGCGCCAAAGGCCUGAAUGGAAGAUCGGCACAGGUGCUGCUUGCAUUGACCAUCCCAGGUCACCUGGUUUUUAUCUACACAAUUUACCUAAUAGAAGGGAGUGAGACUCCGCCCACUCCUGUCUUCAUAUCUCUCUAUUUGGUAGCAGCUUUUACACAGGUUUUCUUACUGCUUUGCAUCGCUGAUGUGAUGGUUCACUGCUUGUGGAAGUGCGGGAGGGACCCUGAUAGCUUCUCCAUCCCUUAUCUGACAGCUCUGGGAGAUCUGCUGGGCACUGCCUUUCUGGCACUGUGUUUUUAUAAUAUCAUUGGUGACAUAACUGUUGAUAUGGGUGACAACGGACACUAUCUGUGUUCUGAAAGCGCGGUAUCUAAUUUAUGAAGGCACUUAAUGUACUGGGACAUUUCUUGCAUUUCUCAGCACAUCCAUUUUAUUAUCUGUGGACAGCUUUAUUUAAAAUACAUGAAGUGAACAAAAAAUCCACUUAUACAGAUGAGGUCCCAAUAUGUGGCCUGUAUCAUGCAUCAAUAAGUUUUUUUGUACUUCCAUGUCAUGUGACUGUUUCUAUUAGAAAAAGAAGUACUGUUGUGUGAUUCCAUUAUGACGUUAACUGUGCGAAUGUCUCAAAGGUGCUUUACAUUGACACUUUAUUUACAUACUGCAUCUCUGCAAUGAAAAAUCUUGCAGGAUUGAGAACAAUUUUCCCUCACCUAGAUGGAAGGAAUAGAAUUGAUUCACAUUACAUUUAAAAUUUAGCAGACCCAUUUAUCCAAAGUGACUUAUUUUGCUUGGUUGGUUAAUAAAGGUUUGAUAAAAAUGGUAAGUAUCUAAAUGAACACAGAUACGUUUACUGUAUGCCAUCAAAUCCAUUUGUCGAACAAAAUAAAAAUAUCAUGAUUUUG